CCGGAUUUCUUGAACAUUGCUUCAACACUUAAAAACUUAGAUCCUUCUUCCCCACCUCGGUGGCCUUCGCGACAUGUCAUGAUGGGCUUGUUGGCUCAACUUUCCCUGCCAUGGAUCGCUGAGCUGCGCGUUGUGGCAUCACCGGACGACCGGGUAAGCCUCGACUGGAACUUUAUACACAAUAAAGAUGGAGCUUUGGCACUGCUUCUGGAGACACUCCAAUGAAGGCACUCCAAUGACAUGAGCCUCUCCAUCACGUAACCAAGUUUCACGAAGUUGAGACCGAGCUGGUCUGCUGAUGGGAUCCAAAAAUGCCGAGCGAGUUUGGUGGAAGGUCAGAAGUGUGGCGAGUUUCAGAGAAUGUUAGACUCUAUGAAGAAGUAACAAGUUCCACUCAUUUUCAGAGACUGCUGUAAAGAGAAAGAGAGUUUAGUCUCGCAAGCAUCCAUUGGUCAGCUGUCAAGUCAAUCCAUGGAAGUUGAUGUCAAACUGUCAAGCCUGUGGUGUUGUUUCCUUUCAUCAUCCUAAACGUCUAACGGCGACCGAUUCUGGAUGCAUCCCGUAUACGAAUGAGUUCCUUCGGCUCAGUUCUCCGCGGUUCGAUGGCACCCGUUUGGUGCACUGGCCCAGGUCCGGAAUUCUCGACACCUUCGAUGUCCAAGCCAAGCCGCCAGCCAAAGCUUCGGAGGAACCGCACAUAGUUUGAGCGAGAUGUCCGCAGAACAGGCGGAUGAGGCGGAAGCUGCACUGUGUCAAGACAUCUUUGAUGCAGCUUCUCAGGGCCGUGUGGCCGCCGUGCGGCACUUCCUCCGUGGGAACGCUGCACUGGUGAACGAAGAAAGCACGACAGGUCGAUCACUGCUUCACUUGGCCAUGGACACCGACGUAGUGGAGCUCAUGGAGCUCCUCCUCAGAAGUCAUGCCGAUGUCAACUUUGCGGACUGGCUCGGCCAGACCGUGCUCCAUCUGGCCUGUGCCCGCUCUUUGGACCCACCCAUUGGGGUGCUCCGGCUCCUGGACGCCAGGGCUCAGGUGAAUGAGAUCGAUGAGUUCGGCCUCACCCCAUUGCACAAAGCGGCCGAGCGGGGGCAGGUGGCGCUCAUCCAAAGCCUCCUGGAAGCCCAAGCAAACGCGUGUGCGACCACUCCCGAGGGCAUAACUCCGCUUGGGCUGGCUCGAGAAGGGCUUCACUCGGCAGCAGUGGAAGUGUUGCAGCACCCGGACCUCUACGUGGAUUUGGAACCCUUCAGAUGGGAUCAGGCGAGCGGCCGUGUGCCGCGCGGGGCUUCGCCCGUUUCAGCGCUCAGCACUGGCGAGGUGAUGCCGACACCAGCAUCACCCUUAAGGAGGCCUGGCGAGGUGCUUCGAACAACCUCACCAUUGAGGAGGGCUGGUGAGGUGUCACCAACAUCCAUGCCAUCGAGGGUUAGCCAGGCAUCUCCAAGAUCUGGCAAGGCGUCCUCGACAUCGCCGCGGCGGACGGUCGAGGUGCAGACAUCUCCACUGUUCAGGACCAACCAGGCGUCCCCAAGAUCUCCAUCCACCCAGGAGUCUCGAACAUCCUCGUUCAUCAUGGCUGGCGAGGCAUUCCAAUCUUCGCCGCGGGCUGGUCAGGCGUCUCGACCCUCCUCGCGCCCCAGGGCUGGCCAGGUGUCUUCAACAGCGCCAUGCAGGGCUCGUCAGGGGUCCUCAAGAUCUUCACCAUCCAGGGCCAGUCAGGCAUCUCCAAGCUCUUCACGAUCUAGCCAGGUCGCCGUGUCCUUUGCGAGGUAUAGUACCAACCUUCUUGAUGCCGCAGAGAAGGGGCUCUUGGGCGACGUGCGGCAUUUCCUACGCCUGGAUCCCACAGCGGUGAGGAGCAGCUACUUGUCAGGCCAAACCGCCCUCCAUGGGGCAGCUUCCAAGGGUCAUGUGGAUGUGGUCCGGGAGCUGCUGAGACGUCGAGCGCUCCUCGACAGUGCCACAGAGCUUGGCCACACACCAUUGCACCUGGCGGCUAGGGCUGGGCAUGUGGACGUGGUGAAUGCCCUCCGACAUGCCAAAGCCCAGGUGCAGAUGGCGGGUCAGGGCUGCUGGACGGCGCUGCACCUGGCAGCCGCCGCAGGCCACUCCGAUGUGAUCCACGCCCUGCUGGUGGUCGCCAAAGCCCGUGCCAACUCCGUUAACGAGGAUGGCCAGACGCCACUGCACCUGGCUGCUGCUGGGGGCCAUGCUGGGGCAGUCAAAGAACUGCUCCGCACCGCUGGAUUCCUUCGCAAAGCUGUGGAUCAUGAAGGCCGGUCGGCGCGGUUCUUGGCCGUCGCGAAGGGCCAUGCGGAAGUCGUCCAGAUCCUAUCUGAGCACCAAGAUCAAUGCCGGACCUAUCGGCAGGCAGGUGCUUCGUAAAAAAGCUGGCUGGAAGACAUCCUGCAGUGCCUGAACUCCC